AUGCGUCGCCAUGGCAGAGCUAGCGGUCCGACAAAGGCGAUCACGCCCAUGUCCGACACCGUCUCUCUUAUCCAUUCCUUCGAUUCGGUCCUGAACCCCAACAGGCCCGCGCGCCCCUCACCUCUUGCCUCCUCCAAUAUCAAAGCCCUGCCCCUCGAACUUCUUGAUCGCCUGCGCUCCUUUCCUUUGUUCCAAGCUACCCCCGAGUCAUUUCUUUUCGAAGUCGGGCAGCACCUGCGCCCGCAGCUCCAUGCCCCGAACGACUACAUCCUGACCGAAGGCGACGAUGCGAGAGCGAUCUACUGGCUCGUGCGAGGGGCCGUCGCAGUAACCUCACGCGAUGGCGAGAGCAUAUACGCCGAGCUUCAGCCGGGGGCUUUCUUCGGCGAAAUCGGUGUUCUGAUGGAUCGCCCGCGUACUGCAACUAUUGUCGCUCGUAGCCGAUGCAUGUUAGUUGUACUCACCAAAGAGGAUUUUCGCAAUAUAUUGCCGCGUUUCCCAUCAGUGGAACGCGCCAUCCGCGAUGAAGCUCAAGAAAGAUUGAUGAUUUUGGAAAAGAAGAAGAAAGAAACUUCCGCGCCGGUGGCGGAGAUGGACACCUCUCCCAAGCCAAGCCCGGUGCGCAGAGGCUCUAAAAGAUUAAGGGAAAGUUAUUCCAAAGAUCUUGUUGUUACCGAGGAUGAAGACUUCAGUAUAAAGUCCGUAUAUAAAAAGCGCAAAUCGCCAAGCCCUGGCCGCCGAGAUCCAGCCAGUGCCCUUGCCAACGGAGUGGUCAACGUCCGUCUGUUGUUGAAAGAACUUCCUCUUUUCUCCGGGUUGCCGGCCGAAAUUCUCCAUUUCUUGGGACUGAACGCGCAGCCAAGCUCUUAUCCCCCAUUCACCGACAUCAUCAGGCAGGAUACUCAAGGCCGCGAGCUCUAUUUUAUCGUUCGGGGCGAAGUGGAAGUAGUCGUUGCCGAAAAGAAAGACACGAAUUCUGCACAUCAAGCGAGGAUGAACGGAGUGGAUGCUGCUGGGGUCGAAGUCAAAGCUAGACUGAAGCAGGGGCAGUACUUUGGAGAAGUGGUCAGUCUCUCACUCGCACCACGAAGGACCGCUACCGUCCGAACCGUGACGUCGGUCGAGUGCCUCAUGUUCACUGGAGACGUACUUUCGAAAUUUUGGGAAAUGUGCCCAAAGGACAUCCGCGAACAAGUCGAACGUACCGCUCAAGAGAGGCUGCAGGCAGCCUCUGACGGAGACAUCGUCAUGACAGAUGCGACGGAUGAACAGUCCCCAAUGGGUGACUUGGAUCUCAAUGAUGGAGUGAAGAUCACCGCUUCUCGAAGGAAAUCGAUGCCUCUGCUCACAUUGACCGAAACUGAACUGGAUGGACCACUCCAGUCUUCUCCUAUUGAGGACCAAGAUAGUGCGGUGAAACCAUCAGACCCUGACCCGUAUCUCAGUCUUGGACUAGACAAAGUGCGCCUUCGAAGUCGCCGCAGCUCGGUAGCGCCUGUCACCCCAGAAGAGCUUCAUGGGGAGCAACAGAGACAGUCACCAACUUCUACAGAAUCACGAUCCGCAAGCUCAUCCGCCCUCGCCCUCCCGGAAACCGUCGGGCUCACUAAGCCUCCUUCCGUCUCCCGCAGUACUGGCGACGCCAACCAUGGGAUCUUCCCGGACAAUGUUUGGCUGAACAUUUUUCGGUUCUUGGAAUUACACAACGCCCUUCGCCUUCGUGGAGUUUCGUCCCAUUGGUCUGAGAUGCUGACAAAGUCUACCGACGUGGUUCGAGAUCUAGACUUGAGCAUAUACAAUCGAAAAAUCACAGAUGACGUCCUGGUGAAGGUCAUCUGUCCGUUCGUCGGAGACAGGGCUCGUGAAGUGAACAUCAAUAAUUGCUUUCAUAUCACUGACGAGGGGUUCAACGCCUUGGCGAACACAUGCGCACCGAAUGCCCGGUCGUGGAAGAUGAAGAGUGUCUGGGACGUAACGGCUUCGGCGAUCCUUGAAAUGUCAAGCAAAGCCACUGAUUUGGAAGACGUUGACCUGAGUAACUGCCGAAAGGUCGGGGAUACCCUCAUGGCUCGCAUCUUGGGCUGGGUCGUUGCUGGGAAUCAAAAACCGACCGAAGGCAAAAGCGCCACCAUUAAGCCGACGUUCCAAACCGCAGACCGUAUCGUCUACGGCUGUCCGAAACUGAAGAAGCUCACGCUUUCAUACUGCAAGCACGUCACCGAUCGAUCAAUGCACCAUAUUGCGUCGCAUGCAGCGAGUCGGAUCGAAGAAAUGGAUUUAACCCGCUGCACGACCAUCACGGAUCAAGGAUUUCAAUACUGGGGAAAUGCUCGAUUUACAAGCCUGCGGAAGCUCUGCUUGGCCGAUUGCACAUAUCUUACCGACAAUGCCAUCGUGCAUUUGACCACUGCUGCUAAACAGUUGGAAGAGCUUGACCUGUCAUUCUGUUGUGCUCUUUCCGAUACUGCGACUGAGGUUCUCGCCCUCCAAUGCUCGCACUUGAAAUCCCUGAACAUGGCCUUUUGUGGCUCUGCUAUCUCCGACCCAUCCCUUCGGAGCAUCGGUCUUCAUCUGCUAUCCCUUGAGCAUCUCUCUGUACGAGGCUGUGUUCGAGUAACCGGCGUUGGUGUGGAGGCUGUGGCUGAAGGCUGCCAUCGACUCACUUCCUUCGAUGUCAGCCAAUGCAAAAACCUUCUUCCAUGGCUCGAAGAUGGGGGAGCAACCCGACAUCAGCCACGAAUUAACUUCCAAACGGUCGCUCAAGACGGCACCAAAGCUCGAUAG